AUGGGCGGUCUUGGCGGUGGAAUGGGCGGUCUUGGAGGUGGAAUGGGCGGACUUGGAGGUGGAAUGGGCGGACUUGGAGGCGGAAUGGGCGGUCUUGGGGGUGGUUUCGGUAAAGGAUCAAUGGGUGGAGGCGGUAUCUUAGGCGGAGAAAACAUUGGAGGUGGAAGUUUAGGUGGAGGAAAUAUUGGAGGCGGAAAUUUAGGUGGUGGAAAUAUGGGAGGCGGAAUUAACAGUGGUUUCGGAAUGGGCGGUCUUGGAAGCGGAAUGGGCGGUCUUGGAGGCGGAGGCAUGAUAGGAGGAGGGGGAAUGAACAGACUAAGAAAAUCCUACUAG